UUGCUCGCAAGUCUGUGGAGCUGGACGGAGGGUCUGAGCGUGGGUGUUGGGAGGCCUGUUACAAGCCGAGGGAGCGCAAGGGGCGUCUUCGAAGGCUCUGCAUAGGGGACGACGUAAGAGCUGGGGACACUGCCGCCUGCAGGUUGUGUCCGCGCCAAGUCCGACCUGACCAGUGGACGGUCGCCGCACCACUCUGUGGCAAGAAGCUCUGAUGGCGGUGCCUGCCCUGAAGGACCCCGGUCAGAGCCGUGUGACCUUUGAGGAUGUAGCCGUGUACUUCUCCCAGGAAGAAUGGUGUCUUCUUGAUGAGGCUCAGAUACAACUGUACCUUGAUGUCAUGUUGGAGAACUUUGCACUUGUAUGCAUGCUGGGUUCUUGGCCUGGAGCUGGGGAUGAAGAGACACCUUUUGAACAGAGCAGAUCUGUAGGAGUGUCCCAGAUUGGGACUCCCAGGGCAGAUUCGUCUGCUGAGAAGGUCCAGCCCUGUAAGAUAUGCAUCCUGGUCUUGAGAAACAUUUUGCACUUGACUGAAGAGCAGGGAACAAAUAGUGGACAGAAAGCAUACUCAUGUGGGACACAUGGAAAACAGUUCUGUUUCACUGCAGACAUUCAGCAGCACCAGAAGCAGCACACGAGAGAGAAUCUUUUACAAUAUAUUAAGGGGAAACUCUCAGUUUUGAAGAGCUGCACAAUCCAUGCAUCAGGAAGUCUCUCCCCAUACAGUGAGAUUGGGAAGGAAUUCGUGGCCAACAUGGGAGUUCAGCCACAGACCAAAACCACCAGGAGUCAAAACAACAGUAAGGCGUGUGAAGCUGUUUUUCACAGUGGAAAAAGUCAUCAGAGCUGGGGAGAAGGCAAGAAAGCCUCCAGCUGCACAGACAUACUUGUUCAAGAUGAGAGAAUCCUCACUAGUGAACGGUCUUCUGAGUUCACAGGCGGCACUCACAAAAGUAACCAUGUUCAGCACCAGAAAGGUCACAUUAGACAAAGGUCUUCCGAGUGCACUGAAUGUGGGAAAUCCUUUGGCCAAAGAAAGUAUCUCAGGAUCCAUAGGCGAAUCCACACUGGAGAAAGGCCUUAUCAGUGCAAGGAAUGUGAUAAAUCUUUUACCUAUAAGAACCGUUUCAUUGGACAUCAGAGAAUUCAUACUGGAGAAAGGCCAUAUGAAUGCACUCAAUGUGGAAAAUGUUUUACCCAUCAAUCCUCUUUCUAUGUACAUCAAAGAAUUCACACUGGAGAAAGGCCUUAUAAGUGCAAUGAAUGUGGGAAGUCUUUUAUCAACAACUCCAAUUUCCAUAGACAUCAGAGAAUUCACAAAGGAGAAAGGCCUUAUACAUGUAAUGUAUGUGGGAAAUCUUUUAUAACUCUGGCUGGCAUCCGAUACCAUCAGAAAGUUCACAACGGGGAAGUGCUGUAUAAGGGCAGUGACUCUGGGACAUCCUUUAAUCAAAUGCACCAACUCAGUUCCAGUAGGAAAAUCCACACUGGAGAAAAGCCUUAUGAGUGCAGUGAAUGUGGGAAAUCUUUUACUGCUAGCUCUAGCCUUUGGUAUCAUCAGAGAAUUCACAGUGGAGAAAGGCCUCAUGAGUGCAGUGAAUGUGGGAAAUCUUUCAUUGUUAGGUUGAGCCUUCGCAAUCAUCAGAGAGUUCACACUGAAGAAAGGCCUUAUAAGUGCAAUGAGUGUGGAAAAUGUUUUACUAGCAGUUCGAGCCUUCUUCGUCAUCAGAGAGUUCACAAUGGAAAAAGGCCUUAUGAGUGCAGUGAAUGUGGGAAAUCUUUUACUGCUAGCUAUGGCCUUCGGUAUCAUCAGAGAGUUCACAGUGGAGAAAAACCUUAUGAGUGUAGUGAAUGUGGGAAAUCUUUUACUGCUAGCUCUAGCCUUCGGUAUCACCAGAGAGUUCACAGUGGAGAAAAACCUUAUGAGUGCAGUAAAUGUGGGAAAUCUUUUACUGCUAGCUAUGGCCUUCGGUAUCAUCAGAGAGUUCACCAUUGAGAAAAACCUUAUAAGUUCAGUCAAUGUGGGAAAUCUACUGCUAGCUCUGGCCUUCAGUAUCAUCAGAGUUCACAGUGGAGAAAGGACUUAUGAGUGCAGUGAAUGCAGGAAAUCUUUUAUUAAUAAGUCCAGUCUUUUUGAUCAUCAGAGAAUUCACACUGGAGAAAGGCCUUUUGGUGCAGUGAAUAUGGGAAAUCUUAACAGUGGAUCAGGUCUAUUUGGUUAUCAGAGAGUUCACACUGGAGAAGGGGACUUAUGAAUGCAGCUGAUGAGGACAGCACUAGCGUUGGAGUUGGGGGUGGGUAACAGCCUGGGAGGCCGCAAGUGCAGUCAUCAGGCAGCAAAUGGACUAUUUCUAGGGAGGAAUUUGAGGCACAGAGAGGCUGUGUUUUCUAAUUAUUACCUCCCAGCAAUGGACGGAUAUUCAGGAUUCAGUGUCAGGUUGCCUGUUUUCAGAACAAGAGGAGUCUGGUCACUGUAAUCUUCUUUCCUUUCCAACCCAGCUUUGGGAACUCAAAGAAGACCUAAUCCAUCCUCUGUCCCUGCCCUCCUCCUCAAGAGUCCUGCUCAUACACUGCGCUCCAUGCUCAGUGGUCAUGACUAUCCACUGAAAAGCAACAUUCAUGGCUUUCCUGUGAAUGAAUGAUCCCAUUAUCUACCUAGUAAUGCUCUGUUCCCAGCACCUCCGUCCCACAGCAUUGCACUGGGUUUAGCACAGCCAGGAGUGAAGAAGAGACUUGUAUGAUACUGUAUGAUAUCUCAUGUGCAAUUUUAAAACAAUACAAAAUAAUACACAUGCAAAACAGAAACAAACUCAGGUUUAGGGGCCUCACUGGUGGCUCACUGAUAAAGAACCUGCCUGCCAAUGCAGGAGAUGUGGGUUCAAUCCUGGGUCAGGAUGAUCCUCUGGAGAGGAAAUGGCAACCCACUCCAGUAUUCUUGCCUGGAGAAUCCCGUGGACAGGGAAGCCUGGCAGGCUACAGUCCAUGGGGUCUCAAAAAGUUAGACAUGACUUAGCAACUACACAGAUAUAGAAAACAAACUAAUGGUUAUCAAAGGACAGAAGUGUGAUAGGACAAAUGAUGUGUAUGGGAUUAAGAGAUUAAAAACUAUUUAUAAAACAGCAACAAGUUUAUAUUGUAUCAGAUAAAGAAUUAUAACCAUUAUUGUAUAAUAACAUUUGGUGGAGUAUAAUCUGUAAAAUACUGAAUCACUGUGCUGUACACCUGAAACUAGUAUAAUAUAAAUCUGCAAUUAAAAAUAAAAAAAUUUAAAAAUUAAAAAAAAUUUAAAAAUAAACAGGUGAAUUUUCCAGAGAGAAUUGUUAACAUUGUAUUUUCUGGAUGGUACAGACCACCAGACAUUUAAUAAAGGGAGUUUCUAUGAAA